CCUAACCUAAUAGCGCGCGCAGUGCGAUACUUUCGACAGUGGUGUUUAUAGAUGCAAAGAUAAAAGUAUCCUGUGUAAGAGCAGCAACGCUGUUUCACCAAAUUUUUGAAGUGGUUCUCUUGAGCACUCUUGAGUUCUAACGAGACGCGGCUGCGUAAAUAAAGUUAAAAAUUGCAAGAAUGUCAGUGGAAGAACAAUCGGAUUUUCGACUAGGAUCCGAUCCCAAUAUCACAUAUCCUAUACAGGUCCAUUAUUGCGGAAAUUGUUCGCUUCCCAUCGAGUAUUGCGAGUACUAUCCUGAGUAUGACAAGUGCAAGCAAUGGUUGGAGAGAAACCUGCCUAAUGAAUUCGAAAAAAUGAAAUUAGAGGAUGGUUCUAUUGAAGCUGGUGGAGGAGAAGACGAAAAGAAACGACAGAAACGAGGUGGUAAAGGUAUGUUAAAAACUAAGAAAAAAGAAGACAUACCACGGUUAGUGACUGUCUCCAGAGCACCUAGAGGGAAGAAGAAAUCCGUCACAGUUGUGACUGGUCUUAGCACUUUUGAUAUAGACUUAAAAGUAGCAGCAAAAUUUUUUGGAAGUAAAUUUGCCUGUGGAUCCAGCGUUACCGGGGAUGAUGAGAUUGUUAUUCAGGGAGAUGUCAAAGAUGAUCUGUUUGAAGUAAUACCCGAAAAGUGGCCACAAAUUGAUGAAGACUCUAUAGAUGAUCUUGGGGAUCAAAAGAGAUAAUAAGGCUAUCGAUAUUAUGUAUGCACAAUUAUAUUUAAUAUUAUACUAUUUCCAUUCUAGUGUUUAUUACAAAUAAAAUGUACAUAUAAAAUAUA